UCAACGACGAGGAAUCUUUUGAUAUCGAGGACCUGUUCGAUGUCAAUUUUUUCUCCAUACGGCUUUCAAAGAGGACGAGGAAGAUCUAUACAUGGAAGACAGAGAAACGAAUCCUCUUCGACUCGUUCUCGAAGACAAAAAAGCGGACAAUCGUAUAUUUUGGAUGCUGAUAAAGAAGAUGCAACGUUUUAUAGUAUGGGAGUUGACGUCAAUCAAUCCGAGGCUGCAGCUCAAGAAGAGAUUUUGGAAGAAGAUCCGAAUUUGCAGGAGCUCGCUGCUUGUGAUUCCUACGAUGUGAGUAGCUUCGAAGAUGAUGGAAGAUUAAAAACCGUUGAGUCUGAAGGCGAAGACGACGACGAACACCAUCACGAACACUUAGGAAUGUCUUCAGGUUCUUCGGAUAAAUUACAAAUACUUUGGGAUCAUUUCAUUCACGCUGAACCACUAAGUUACGAGAAAUCAUCUUGGCUCGACAUAUUUUUGGCAGAAUUACUUGCUCAAGUGAAGGAAGGCAGAGACGUGAAAGAUGCCGUUUCCUUUUGUUCAGUCGGUGGUGGUGGAGUAUCUACACUCGUGGCAUGCGAAUUGCUUUCGGACGUACAUGAACUCUGUGCGAAAAAAAGUGAAGGCGGUGAAUUGGUCGGCUUGAGAAGAUAUUUAGCUCGAGAUCGUGGCUGGCGUUGUUUAGCAGUCUUGCAUUUGUUGGGUGUACGUGGAUUAUCGUGUGGUCGUGAGCUUGUUGCACUGUUAGUAGCAUUAUAUCCAGUCGCUCUUCAAGAAGAUAAUUCUUCAGAUAAGUCGAAAGAAUCGUCUAUUCGCAAUCCCUACGUUAAGCUUCAUUGUAACGACGACUCAGUCGAUACGGUGAUCAUAGUGCCUCACGCCAAGCGAAGAAACAUCAAGUCGAUAAGUCGCUGCGUUAAAAAUUACGAAGGCAAUGCAAGGAUAUCAAGAAAAAAAAGUAGUAACCGUAAGCAAGGUAUCGGCAUUAGAAUGGCAUCGUACAAUAAUAAACAAAAAUCUUUGGGAACCAAAACAAAACGUAACACGACGAAAAGCGAGAGCAGCGAGUCGGAAUUUCUGACGGAUGGUAUCGAUCAGGCACGUUCAUUGACCCUAAAAAUACGUUUAAAUCCGAUGGAUUUUGAAUACUUCACGUCAGUAGUCAGAAGUGACGAGGAACAGAAAUGGCAGGCUGCUCUUUACGAGUUACCUGCACGACCAGCGAAGAAAAUUCCUUUGGAUUAUAUAGAUGAGAGAAUCAAGGAAGUCUUGAAUGCAACGAUGAAUAAUUUCGAGACUAGUUUCUUGAUCAUACAAUUGCUUCAAGGAUUAAGGGACUAUGAUACACCUGCCGAACAAACGCCAGCCGUGCAAGUGUUAAAAUUUGCUUUGGAUACUAUUUGGUCUCUACAAUUUGGUAUCGAUGGAACUGGUCUCACUAGGAUCGAAUGCGCUACUUUAAAGGCCGCUGCUGCGAGAUUGAUGUUAAUAGCUUUGGAACGUGUUCUCCGAGCUGAUGAACCUACCACUGCUGUAAUACACAAUGGAUUGUUACCUAUGACUCUCAGAUUACUCGAAGAUGCUUGCACCAAAUCAAUCGGCAGUGAUCUUUCACCGGACGAAGGCUCUUUACUUCAAGAAUUUAUCUUUGCAACCAUGUACGGUAUCAUAACUUUUCUCUAUUGCCUGUUACAUCAGCGAAGUGCAAAUGUUGAUAAUCUAUCAGACUUUUUUGAACUUUUUCGACUGUUUGCCGAAAGCCAAGACGGUAAACUCAUCGAGAAAACCAUCUUGGCGAUCGUUAGUUUACCAAGUGCUGAUCCAACAAGAUCUGUCGUACGUGCAAAAAAAAUCAUUGAUAUGAUCGGUGCCCUAACGAGUGGGCUAAAAAGGGUUCGACGAGAUAUCGCACACAUGAGCCUAUGUCACAGAAACAAACACAAAUUUUGUGUAGAUAACAUUCAAUCGCAUCAUCAUUCCGAUGUUCUUGGAUUACCUUACACUGAAUCAAUCGUUGGUGUCUCGAUCCUCGAACAAGCUUGUUGUGUGUCCUCACUUUUCAUGACUCUAACUAAUCUUUUGAAGGAAUCUUAUGCCUGUGUACCAGAGUUACGAAUCAGAUUAUUAAAAGUGACGACGGCUGCUGGUACCUGUUGUUGUUUUUCACCAAAAAUCCUUCUCUCAAGUAUUGUCACUUUCCUAAAGAAACGUGAUUACUCAACUUACAAUCCAGCCGUUAUUCUUCUCGAACGUACUCUCUUCAAAGAACUCGGUGCUUAUCCGGUGAUUAAUAAUUGUGAAACUUGCAACAAGCCAUCUAAUUAUUCUUGGGAAUUUUUGGAAAUGUAUAAGGAAUUGCUAACACCUGAUGAUCCAAAACUAUCGUAUAUCGUAAUUGCACACUUGCUGAAAGUAACGCCAACUUCAAAAUUUCAAGUUAGACAGGAACUUCUCGUUCGUGUUUUUUAUCCAACAUUUUUGAAAGCCAAAACUUAUUAUAAUAAUGAUAAGGAAUGCGUCGCUGCUAAAUUUCUUAUUCUUUCUUGCCUGUCCUUAAUGUCAAAUCUGAUAGGAAACAUACAAAUGUGGGAAAAAUUUAUAGAGAUGGAUGGAUUAAAAGAAGUAUUGGUUUUAUUACCGGAUGUAACGUUUACUAGAAGUGUUUAUAUUCUUCUAGAAGUGGCGGUGAUCAUGGAAAUUUGGAAUUCGAAUUGCCAUGAAGCUGAUACUCUCGGAGAAACCGAAGAGAUAGCAUUGAAAUCUUUGUUUAAAUUUCUCGAAAAUGAGACGAGCGAUUUGUUGAACAUAUUAGAGGAACUUGAAAAAAACCAAUUAAAGGAAAAUCCAGAAAAAUCAUGGGAAAAUGAAAAUGCUUAUGGACCUACAAAAGUAAAUGUGGAAAGUGAAGAAAUAGAAAUAAUUGUACAAUCGAAAAACUCUUCUCUUGAAGUUCUUGAAAUGGAUAAUCAAUCUUGCAUAAAUGAAAAUGUUCAAUCAAAGUUAAAAAAUAAUUCAGAAACGAUGAUUAUAUUAGAAACAUCGGACAUAACGUCAAUAAUCACUGGUAAAGAAAUUAAUUUACAGAAAGCAAGUGCAGUAUGGAGAGCCACAGCUGGAGUCGCAUUAUGCAGUCCUAAUUUUCGUCUAGAACUAUCUUCACAUCCAAUAGCUAAUGAAGCUUUAAAAUUAUUUAGAUCAUUAGCUAUUAAUGUUGCUACUGAUAACAUACAUGAUAUACUUUUACUUUCAGAUACUAAUAAAUCAGCGUAUAAGCUGUUUGAAGCUUUAAUUACUUGCUGCUUAACAUGCUCGUUGUGUGGCUGUGACGUAGCGAUGGAGUUGAGAAAAGUAUUAAUGCAAACGGGAGUUAGACUUGGUCAUGGAAUAGCAACCAUUAUUGAAGCUUUGCUUAAAGUUUCCAUGUUAAAACCUGCUCAUGAACAAACUAUUCCACAACAGCCUCGUGCUAGAUUACCUACUAUGAAUUUGGAUACUUUGCCAGAUUGUGGUGCUGAAGAUAGUAGCACCGGAGAAUAUGUAACUGCUGAUGAUGGUUAUGAAGCAGAUAUUGAAAUACCAGGAAAAAGUUGUCAUUCUAAUGUAACAAAAAAGAGUGGCUCUAUAGGACCAGUUGUUGAACCACGAGGUCAUGCAAAUGCACAUCCAGCUUUAUGUACAUUAGCAAUAGAUUUGCUUAUUCAUUUCAGUAAGCAAGAUUUAGAUGCUGAAAGAAGAUCUAUAGUGACUAAUGGAUUAAGAAAAUUAGCAAUUACGUGCAGAGAAAGCGUUUCAAGUUGCGCUGCUCUUGCGGGAUCUGGUGUAAUUACAAAAAUGUUAAAUGGAUUCAAGGACAUAUUCACUAGCAAUGAUACUCAGUAUCAAGAUUUGCAACAUGCUGCAUUAGAAGUAUUCACUCUUCUUGCAACACAAGCAAUUUCAUCCACGGAAUUAGACACAUAUUUAUCUUUUUUCAAAGUUAAAAAACCUCCAAUGUCUUUACUAUUAGAACCAUUGUAUCAUCUGGUUAUAACAGCUCGACCCCAACCGAAUUUUAUCCUAUCGUUUCCUGUCGAAUGUGAUACACAAAAGAUACUGAAAUCUCAACCAGAUGAAAAUAAAUCUCUUGAAAAAGCUGAAAGUUUAGUAAAUAAUUUUAAAAAGAAACAUUUAAGUAUGGGAAUUUGUAGCCCCUGGUCUGUACAUGCAACAUGUUUGCCAGUUGGUCCUGAACUUACGUGGUCAGUAUGGUUGCUUGGUUGUUCUGCUUCCAUGUGGUUACGAGUGGAAAGAGGAUUUCCUUUUAAUAAUAGAGGAACGAUUAUGAGCACAGCACCAUUACUUAAUACCAAUAGCGAAAGCCUGUCUGAUUGGGGUAUCCUUUCAGAUAAUUGGAGUAGAGAAGGCCGAAAAACAUUUGAUCUUUUCUUGGGAACACCAGCAGUAGCAGGUUCAUCAUCACCACCCACACCAGCUAGCAUUAUACAUUUGAUGUCAAUUGGAAUGGAAUAUUUGGUAUUAGAAAUAUGGCUUGAUUUUAGAUCAGAUAAGUUAAUUUUGCGAUUAACUCGGCCAGACGAUAAAACAAAUCGAACCGUUUCUGAGACUUCCAUAAGUGGCAUCCUUCCUUCAGGACGUUGGCAGCACUUAGUUAUAAAUUUCAAAGAUACAAUUUUGAAUAAACGUAGUGCUGUCAUAGAUGUUGUUAUUUGGAUAGAUGGUUGGAAAGAAAUUAAUGCCCAAUUACCCUUUGAUGGCAUUUUAGUAAGAAAACCAGGCACUACAUGUAUUUUACUCGGUCAGAUCGGAUCAACCAGUAUUGGUGCUUGGUAUCUCGGGAAUUUAAUGGUUUUUAGAUAUCCAGUUUUUACCAAAGAAAGAGCUUUAUAUCUUGCCAGUCUCGGACCAAAUUUUACGAAUCUUGCAGAUUGUAUUUUAAAUAUGGCAAAGCCUGAUUUUGCACCUUUAAUUACAUCCGGAGCAUUAAAUGAUGUUCGUGAAGUAAAAUUUGAAGGAGGUAAAUUCGAUACGAGUAGACGAAAGUCUUAUGGUGGUACCUAUUUAAGACGUGCAGUUGAAACGAAAGUAUUAGAAAAUAAAAUUGAUUGGGAAUCAGUCAUGGAUGCUACCAACUCACAAUUAGGAGAGUUGCAAGAUGCUUUGCUUUUAAGUUAUGAAGCUCAAAAUCCUAACAUCGUUCAUUUGUAUCCUCAAGCUAUAGCUAAUCCUGCAGUUGUAAGAAACUUGUUUCCUGGUCACCCUGGAUUUAGAGUCGUAUCUGCUCCUGAACAUAGAGUAUCUCAACAGCCACCAUUAUCAAUAGCACCUAUUUUGACAACUUGUUUAGAAUGCCAACAAUAUAGAGGUCUUAUACCCGCAGCAAGUUUAAUGGGUGGUGUUCCAAUAUUUCUAUUUCUUUUUGCAAGAGUAGUAGAGUUGAAUUCUACCGAAGAGGAGCAAGCAUUAGCGUUUUCAAUAGUCCUACAUUUAACACGAAGCGAUUCAGAAUUAUUAAAUCAAUAUCGUGCCGAAGGCGGUACAUCAUUACUUUUACGAGUUUUAGAAUCACCACACUGCCACGCAGGUAGACAUAUGUUAAAAGCAAUGUUAGAUGCAGCUUGUGAUAGUUCAAUACUGAUCAAAGAUAUCGGUAGCGGUAAUCCUUCCAUUUCACAAAAUUGUGAAGCUGUGAUUACUGAUCCUGAACUCGUGAAAGGUGCUUUAACUGCUUGGAGAACAUGGGCAAAAUCAGACACAUUAAAUUUAUUGUUACAAGCAAUAUUACUUUUGUUAAGGGAUCAACAUUCUCAGCGUGAAUUCAAUGCCUUUCAAUUAAAUAGAGUUGGAAUUGUGGAUACUAUAUUAAUGCUGUGCAAGGAACAUUUCAUGUAUGAAGAUUUAGGUGCAAUAUUAGAACCUUCCAUAGGAAGUGUAGUGGUAGAAUUAAUCCGAGCACUAAUGGGAGCUCCACCAGAAUUUGAACACUUAGUUGCUAUCACUGAUUACUUAGUUCUUGUUCAUCAAGCUUCAGAGACUUAUAUAACACAUUCUAAACAUAAUAUUUAUUUUUUGUUACCUCCUUUGACUGAAGGAAAAGUUAAUAUCCGAAAAUAUUUAACAGUAACAAGUAGUUCUUCCGAAGAAUCUAUAGGAAUAUUGGAGAAUAGCAAGUUGAACAAAGCUUUAACAAAUGUACAGAUACAAAAAAGUAAAACAAUUAAAAGGAAAGAACGUAGAAAUGAUCAAUCUAAAGAUACUAGUGCUGGAGAAGACUCUGGAAUUGCAGCUAGUGAUGGCUCAAAUUUACAAACUAAUGAAAAACAAUCGACAUACAUAGAUGAAAGAAAAGCUUGUCAAGGUCUAGUCUGUGAAGGUUUAUUAUUAUUGUUAAGAGAUGCUAUAAGAGUAUUACCUGAUAGUCAAGUUGGCCCUGUAUUGAAACAUGUCUUACGUGCAGAGGUUUUGUUAGUCCUAGCUAAUAAUCCUGACGCAAGAGUUCGUACAGCAUUAAUAAAGGUUAUACAAACGUACCUCCAACGAGCUAGCGAUGAAGAAGUGAAUAAGUUUAUAAAGCAAAAAUAUUUUUUGCAUUUAGCAAACCAAAUAUCGCUUUAUCCAGGAAGUGAGUCUCUCAUUAAUGCUUUAGAAAAUCUUGCUUUAAGAGGACCAACAUUAGCAGCAAUGCCACCAUUAAUGGCAAUGAUCGCAAAAACUGCUGCUAUAGAAUCGAAUAUAGCACAUCCUAUAAUAUCAUUUAUAACAGAUAUUAUAGCAAAGAAUUCAAAUGCUUUAAGAAUGAUCUUAGAGCAAGGCCUUAUAGAAUGCUUGGUGCAAGCCUUAGUUGCUACAGCACAUAAAGGUAACUCAACAUCAUUGAACCAUGACAUCCAUGUAUUACUUGUGGCAAUUGCUACUAAGUUAUUAGAAUCUCCAGGAAAUCAUCAAAUGCAAGCUGUAUUAGAAUUACAUCUUAUAUUAAAUCAUAUGGAACUUAAGGAAAUGUCUGAAUGUAACAAAUGCACUAUGUGUAUACCUGUUAUCAGAGAUGCACAAGUUGCACUAUUUGAUGGUGAACUUGAUGCAUUAACAGCAAAAAUUUCAACACAUUCUGGAUUUAGAUUACGUAGUACAGCUUCUUAUCUUGCUUCGGCAUCUUAUUUAACAACAGUUCUUACUACAUCGAGCGAACAGAGCGAUCAUGGUUCUCGAUCGUCCAGUUAUGGAAGUUUACAUGGAACUUCUAUUUCUGUCGUAAGAGAAACAGGAAAGGGAGAAUUGUACGAUCGUUUCCGUAUGGUUUUGACUCGAGCUGUUGAAUUUGUAACUGCUGCCGAUGAGUCACCAUCAGGGAAUGAAUUACAAUUAACCAGACGAUUAUUUUCGAUUCUUUUACAUGGAUUAUGCGAUCCAUUAGAAAGAAAAAAUCAUUGGAGUAGUGCAUGGUUUACUAAACCUGCUUUAAGAAAAUAUACAGCAAAACUUAUGGUAUGGUUACUUGGGCCACAUCAAAGUAGUAAUACUAGAAUUUAUGCAGUAAGAUCUUUAAUGGAAGAACCAAAGGCUCAUGAAAUUUUGUUAUCACUUCUUGAGGUCCAUCCGCAGGUAGAACAAAGAUUCACUGUCUUCUUUUGGGAUUUAUUACAAAGAGAUGAAAUGUCGAGUGCGGAUGCUAGAAUGUGUGCUGAAUUUAGAGAAGCUCUUCGUAUAUGGGAUCUUGCAAAAAGUAUUGAACAAGCAUCUCCAGGAAUAUGGAAUGAAGAAUUAGCUUUAUUACGACGUGAAUUAAUGAGGGACAGAGAUAUAUGGAUUGAUGCAAAUCUUCCAGCAAUAUAUAGAAUCAGUAAUAGAUUUGAUGGAUUAGCUAAACAGUUAACUGACAGCGCGAUGACUAUAACUCGUACUGUAGUAGAAGAGCAAAAUCGAGAACGCAAAGUAUUAAUGGAACGAUUAAAACACGCAAGAGCCAUGGAAGCUCAGUCGGUCGAAAAAUGGAGAGAUUUGGCUAAACGACUAACGCAUGAAAGAGCACUGUGGCAUUUUCCAGAAAGUUAUCCAUGUAGUUGGGAAUUAGAUCCAACAGAAGGACCUGCCAGAGUUCGAAUUCGCUUACAAAGAUGUCAUUUGGAUAUCGAUGAAAGAUUUUUUUUGGCAGAACAUAAGGACAAAUUAGGAGUAUCUAAAAUCGAAGCACCUUUGUCAUAUUUAUUUUCAAUGAGCCGGCAAGAUAUUAAUGCGUCAACUUUAAUCGAGCGUUUACAUACCAGUGAAAGAAUACGUAAAAUGUCUCAAGCCAAAGUUGUUACUCCAAGAGCAGAAUUAGCAGGCGAAGUAUUAAUUGGAGAAACGUGUCUCUAUUUCGUUCCUGAUAAUCCUGACGUACCAUUGCAUACAGAUAUAGCCUUAGGAGGUUUGGAUUUAGCCAUGGCUGGUGGUACAGCCUGGCGAUUAGAAGAUAUUCGUGAAUUACAUAAAAGAAGAUACCAAUUACAAGAAAGAGCUAUUGAAAUAUUUCUUAUCACUGGGAGAACCUAUUUAUUAGCAUUUAAUUCUUCCAAGGAAAGAGAUGAAUUUGCAACAGAAUUAUCUACUUGUAAUUUACCAAGACGUAUUCCUGGUGAUGAUUUAGGAGAAGCAAUUGCAUUAUGGAGAAGUGGCGCAUUAACAAAUUGGGAAUAUAUAACUUGUUUAAAUAAACUUGCUGGACGUUCUUACAAUGAUCUCAUGCAAUAUCCUGUAUUUCCAUUCGUGUUAUCAGAUUAUAUUAAUGAUAAAAUUGAUCUAAAUAAUCCAAAAAUUUAUCGAAAUUUUAAACGACCUAUGGCUGUGCAAGAUAAAAAGAAUGAACAACAUUAUAUAAAUAAUUAUAAUUAUCUAAAACAAGCUCUGUCGGAAGGCUUAAAUUUAAUUGCUUUGAAUCAAGAGCCAUUCCAUUAUGGAUCUCAUUAUAGUAACUCAGGCACAGUUUUACACUUUUUAGUAAGACUACCGCCCUUUACCAGCAUGUUUUUAUGUUAUCAAGAUGAUAACUUUGACAUUCCUGAUAGAACAUUUCAUGCAUUGGCAACUACAUGGAGAUUAACUAGUUGCGAUUCAACCACUGAUGUUAAAGAAUUAAUACCAGAAUUUUUCUAUCUACCAGAAUUUUUAUUAAACUUCGAAGGAUUCAAUUUUGGUGUACGACAAAAUGGUAACAGAGUCGGCGAUGUCGAAUUACCUAAAUGGUGUGGUGGCGAUGCUCGGUUAUUCAUAUUAGCGCAUAGAGCUGCACUCGAAGCAGACUUAGUAAGAGAAGUUUUACCGUACUGGAUUGAUCUCGUGUUUGGUUUUAGACAAACAGGACGACCAGCAGUCGAAGCAAUUAACGUUUUUCAUCCAGCGACAUAUUAUGGAUUUAAUGUAGAACAAAUAGCCGAUCCUUUAGAACGUCAAGCAUGGGAAACAAUGGUUAGGACAUAUGGACAAACACCAGCACAGUUAUUUAGAAAUUCACAUCCAUUACCUAUUCAAAAUCUUGGUACAGUAGUGGCUUCUACCUUGAUACCACAAGUUAUCGAAGGUGUUGAAGGUAUAAAAUGGGGAAAUUAUGUAGGAGCACCAGGAAAUGAGCCUGUACUUUGCUGGAAACAUAAACACAGAACUUUAUUAUCUUAUCUUAUUCCUUUAGCAACAGGCGAUGUUUUUGGAUUACCUAAUUGUACAACACUUCUGAUAGGAUAUGCUAAAGAAAAAGGUACUAGUAUGUUUAGUGGAAUGUCUGUUCUUGGUGCUGCAUUAGCAUCAUGGGGUGGAAAUGAUGGAAUAGCAAGACUGAAAUGUAAAAAAGAACAACCUCCUAAACCAUUAACGAAAUCUUCUGGUCUUGAUCCUAUCACAAUCUUAGCAUCUGCUCCCGAUUGUGGCCAAUUAUGGACUGGUUAUUUAUCUGGUAAAAUAACAGUGCACACAUAUAAUAUUGGAACUAGCGGAAAAAUAGAAUUUAGCUCGAUUCCAGCCUCUGUACUUUUAGCUCAUAGAAAUAGAGUAACUGCAAUUUCGUUGUCAAGGGUAUUUAGUAUUGCAGUUUCUGGAGAUGGAAAUGGUGUUAUUGUUAUUUGGGAUUUAAAUAGUUUAUCAUAUAUAAGAUCAAUUGUCUGUGAUUACAAAUAUUCCAUCCAUCUAUUAUCCAUCAGUGAAACGCUUGGAGAUAUAGCAGUAACAUAUGAAAUAUUUAAUAAGGCUGACAAAAAGGACUUGGCAGUUCGAUCUGAAUUACGAGUUUAUACUAUAAAUGCCAGAAGCGUAGGUUCUGUUUUAUCUAAAUCUCGAAUAACAGCUCUAUGUUAUAGUAAUGCACCUGAAGGAGUUUCUGUUAACGUCGUUGCAACUGGAUUGGAUAAUGGAGUAAUAAGAUUAUGGAGUAGUUGGGACUUACGAUUAGUUCGAGAAAUUAUAAAUACUGCAAAAGGAUGUGGAGCUAUAAUUGCCAUAGUUUGGGCUUUGGACCAGCAUCAUUUAUAUGCAGCUACAGAAGAUUGUACAGUUUUGAUAUGGGAAGGUUCAAAACGCUUGAGCAAUGGAACUCCGAAAUUUGUAAAUUUAACAUCACUUUGAAAUAAGUAAAAUAUAUAUAUAUAUAUAAAUGUAAUCUUACAAAUAAUCUUACGAAUAAAUUUUUUACUUUUAAUAGUACAUAUAAUUGAUGUUAUUUCAUCGUGAAUAAUCAUUAUUAAUGUAAAAAAAUUAAGUGCCUACAAUUAAUGAUUAUUCAACAUUGCAAAGUAUUUCAGGUGUAUUAUUUACAGUAUGAAAGAACAUCGAGUAUUUUAAAACAUUCAUCUAUUUUGAAUAAUGUUAUAUCUUAUAUAUAAUCAAAGACAUUUGAAGAGAAUGAACAAUAUACUAAAGUAUUAUUCUACAAAAUGUUUUAUAAAUGAUACUCAAUAAUUUUAGUGAUAAAUAAAUAAUUACGAAAUAUAUUUUUAUAC